ACAAGGUGCAUCGCAAUUGAAGUUUAUAAUGGACUUAAGAUUUUUUUUUUUUUUAUCAGUUUGGAUUCAAUCCACGUGUGGGGCAGUUCUGUAUGAGCUGGCACUUCAUUGUGAACAGGACAUUAGUGAACCUAUUAGCGUUAUAAAGUCUCAUUGUCUCUGUCAGUUGUGCUGAUGUGGUCUCGUUCCAGCUCUUUGCCUGUGAUGAGUACAGAUGGACGGAGCUUGUUCUCUCUGGACAGGGGGAAUCAUAGCUCACAGUUAGGCCCCCUAUACACUACAGUCACACCUCAUUGACCACUAUUACAGCAAAGGAAACCAAAUCAUUGCAGGGGGGUGGCAGUAGAGGACCUCUUCUCAACAGUUUGCCCUCUUUGAUCAUCAUUCUAAGUCAUCACUGGUCUCAUCCUCUACAGGGAUGAGAGAUGAUUUAAGUCAUCUGCAAUAUGUUCUAUUUUGCAUUUUUAGUAGUAGACCAGCAGUAAUAGAUAAGGUAUUCAUCAUUGGAAAUAAUAGUGGCUGUGGUAGCAGCACUAUCUCAUAACCAUAGAGAAUAAAGAGAGAAAGAAAACAUCUCAGCCAGAAGUCUGUAGACAUUUUAUAGAUUAUUUUGGGGUAUAAAGGCAUAAAGUGGCUGGAAGUGUGAAAGCGAUUAAAAUAUUUAAUUCUGUUUCCCCAUCAAUGAUAAAUUUACUGUACACACACUGUUACCACCAGUCUAAAAUUUCAAUAACCACCCCUCUUACUGAGAGGCACCACAACAUUUAUCCAUCUUUUUAUAGCUGCAAUACAUCUGCAAUGUGACGUUAAUAGCUUGAUCCAUUUCGGUAGAAUGUACGGCCUCCCUCGAGCCACAAUAGACACAAACAGGCCGCUGUGGUCAAUAUAUUCUCCUCCACAACCCCUCUGUCCUCCAAUGUGUUUGCACGUUGUGCCGCACAAAGUCAGCAGUCAGCUGGCAGCUUCUUCUUCUGCAUUGUUUGGUGAUUGGCUGGCAGCUAAGUGGUGGUGACGGAUUGUGAUGUUGAUGUAUUUACCCCCUCUGCGCUGACAGGUAGCUGUUGCUAUGUUCUGAUUGACUGGGUCCCAUCACAGCAGCCGGCAUUGCUUUGUUUAACCCGGUCAGGUUGGGGAGGGUUUGCUUACUCAUUCGAUGAGACGUCCAUGAAGAUGAGAGGAAGACCUUUCGUAAUCUUGGCUGACAUUGGUGGCUUGGCAAGCUCACUGUUGUAGCUACUACAAAUGGAUGGAAAUGAAGCUGCACUUCCUGUGGGAUAAGGUUUGCUGUAACUGACAUGCUGAACAAGAGACGGCUGCUCCACAUCAGCGCUGGUGUAACACCUAUUAUCUGUAAAAUCCGUUGAGUAUUUCAGAUGUCACCAUCACAGAAAACAGAAAAUCCACUCAAAAUAGACUUUAGGGUUGUUCUUCCAGUCCACAGUAAAUGUGAUCAACAUUGUUUCCCCAAGGAUGAAAUCAGUGCAGUAUAACUCCAACGGAGAGAUUUAUUAGACGUCACUUUUUUUUUUUUUUUACAGUUGGUCUGUCUGCAGUGAAUUUGUGGUUGAGUGUGUUUUUCACCCCUAUUAGCCACUUUCACAUGGAGCAACCCCAGGACUUGUCUCAGGUUACAUCAUCACCACAGUCUGUCUGUCUGCUGCUCAAUUUAAGAGGAAACUCGUUCAGAUUUACAGAUUAAAAUUAUCUGUGUAUGACGCACUUCCCUUUACACUGCUGGUCAAAGGGUCUGGAAGUAUCACUAUAGGUCACAAAGCAUUUCAAUAGGUGCACAUACUGUACUGCAUGUCCUCUAAUGCAUAAUGUGUUUGAGUAGACGCGUUGACAUUUUAUACAGGGAUCAAAGUUAAAUGUUAAAACAACAGAGAAUGCAUCCAUUCAGUUGUUUUAAGUUACACAUUGACUGAUUUGAAAGGGAUUGCCAGCAAGAGCACUUUGUUAUUAUUUAAUUUAUCAAACCAUGUGCAAGAGACUUAUAACAAGUUUCACAUUUUACAACCCUGGUAACAUUUCACGGUUGAUAAUAACAUAUAAAAGAAAUAUUCAGGGGGGAAUCAUAUCAGACAGGGAUAUAGGAGGCUAUAUUUAACAUUCUCAGGUCCUUGUGGAAAAAUUUGGGAAGCCCUGCACUUGAACCAGUAGAUAACACACACACACACACACACACACACACACACAGACACGCCAUUGCCUUGUCAGCUAACCCCCUCUAGUGCCGAGCAUCCUGCACAGAUGCGCACAGUCUCCCACCGUAGCCGCCGCUUCAGCUGCUCCUCCGCUGCAUCCCAGUCAUUCCUCUGUUCGCCGACCACGUCUCGCUGCUACGGCGGACCCGGGCUGGAGACAGGCAGCUGGCACUCCGCGGCACAUCACCGCGCGAACAGCAGGAUCUCUAAAGUCUGUCACGACUCUGUGCGCCACGGAGACGCACCAGAUUUGAUGAGGGCAUUUUAGUGUCUCUUUGAAAAAAUGUAAUAACGGUGACUGAAGUCCAUGGGAAAUCUUCAAAGUUGUUAGGACAAAAGUGAUUCUUAUCUUGUGUGAAAAAAAAAAGAAAAUCACUUUAGACUUUAUCCAAAUUCUGUCCGUUCCGCGUCGCCACCGCCGCCGCUGCCAGCAGGUAAAGGAUGGAUCUCUUGUUCAGUCCCACGGCAGUUCUCUUUAUCCAGGACCAAAUGUAAGGACCAAGACCGGGUGGAUCGGUGCUUGUGGAGGAUCGUUUUUCUCUGACCAAAUUACCUCUCGGACAGAAGUACCUCAGAUGCUGCAGCAGACAUGACUUUUGGAAAGAGAUUUUUCGUCGUUUCACUCUUUCUUGGGAUUGUCCUCACUCGCUUCAGCCAGUGCAACCAAGUUGUGCUGCUGGAUACGACGUCUGUGUUAGGAGAGCUUGGAUGGAAGACGUAUCCCAUAAACGGGUGGGAUGCCAUCACGGAGAUGGACGAGCACAACCGACCCAUCCAUACUUUCCAGGUUUGCAAUGUGAUGGAGCCCAAUCAGAAUAACUGGCUUCGUUCCAACUGGAUUUCUCGACAGGCAGCUCAAAAGAUCUACGUGGAGCUUCGCUUCACCCUGCGUGACUGCAACUCCAUCCCUUGGGUAUCUGGCACCUGCAAGGAGACCUUCAACCUCUUCUACCAUGAGACUGAUGAGGCUCAUGGUGUCAAAUUCAAGCCUGCGCAGUACACUAAGAUUGACACCAUCGCUGCUGAUGAGAGCUUCACUCAGAUGGAUCUCGGAGACCGUAUCCUCAAGCUCAACACAGAGGUGCGCGAGGUGGGACCCAUGACCAGGAAGGGCUUCUAUCUGGCGUUCCAGGACAUUGGUGCCUGCAUUGCCUUGGUUUCUGUGAGGGUUUACUAUAAGAAAUGUCCGUUCACACUGAGGAACCUGGCCUCAUUUCCAGACACAGUGCCUCGUGUGGACUCUUCCUCACUGGUGGAGGUGAGGGGAGCGUGCAUUGACCAUGCUGAAGAAAGAGACACACCUAAACUGUUCUGUGGAGCUGAUGGUGAUUGGUUGGUUCCAUUGGGAAGAUGUGUCUGCAGCGUUGGGUAUGAGGAGCUCGAUGGCUCAUGUGUUGCGUGCCACCCGGGCUUCUACAAGGCAUAUGCUGGAAACAUAAAGUGUUCAAAGUGCCCUCCACACAGUUUCAGCUAUGGAGAAGGGGCUGCCAUCUGCCGCUGUGAGAAGGGCUUCUUCAGGGCUGAGAAAGAUCCUCCAACUAUGGCUUGCACACGCCCUCCAUCUCCUCCCCGCAACUUAAUGUUUAACCUGAAUGACACCUGUCUGAUGCUGGAGUGGUCACCUCCCAGCGACACGGGGGGCCGCCGGGACCUCACCUACAACGUCCAGUGCAAACGCUGUGGCCCCGAGCCUGACCAGUGCCAGCUGUGCGAUGAGGAGCUUCGUUUCCUGCCGCGACCAUUAGGCCUGACCAACGCCACUGUCACUGUCACGGACUUCUCAGCACACGCCAACUACACCUUCGAGAUUGAGUCGCUCAAUGGUGUGUCAGACAUGAGCUCCUUCCCUCGCCCGGUAGCUUUCAUCACCGUCAGCACUGACCAGGGCGGGCCGUCUGUGGUUGGGACGCUGAAGAAGGACUGGGCCUCUCCGAACAGCAUCGCUCUCUCCUGGCAGCAACCCGAACAGACAGCGCUGCCCAUCCUAGACUACGAGAUCAAAUAUUAUGAGAAGGAACAUGAGCAGCUGAGCUACUCGUCUACUCGCACCAAGGCUCCCAGUGUGAUCAUCUCAGGUUUAAAGCCAGCGACUUGGUACGUCUUCAGUGUUCGUACCCGCACGCCAGCUGGAUACAGUUCCUACUCGCCUAAAUAUGAAUACAAAACUACAGGAGACUCAUCGGACAUGGCUUCUGAUCAAGGCCAGGUGUUGGUCAUCGUCACGGCAGCGGUUGGUGGCUUUACCCUCCUCAUCAUCCUCACCCUCUUCCUCCUCAUCACUGGAAGGUGUCAGUGGUACUUCAAGGCCAAGAUGACCUCGGAGGAGAAAAGAAGGACCAGUUAUCAGAAUGGACAUAUCCCUUUCCCAGGAAUAAAGACCUAUGUAGACCCUGAUACAUACGAGGACCCCACUCAGGCCGUCCAUGAGUUCACCAAGGAGAUCGACCCAUCCAGGAUCCGCAUCGAGAGGGUGAUCGGAGCCGGGGAGUUUGGUGAGGUGUGCAGUGGUCGCCUGAGAACACCGGGGAAGAAGGAGAUUUCCGUGGCGAUAAAGACACUGAAGGGAGGCUAUGUGGAGCGUCAGAGGCGGGACUUCUUGCGUGAGGCAUCAAUCAUGGGCCAGUUUGACCACCCCAACAUCAUCAGGUUGGAAGGCGUGGUCACCAAAAGCAGACCUGUGAUGAUUGUGGUGGAAUACGUGGAAAAUGGAUCAUUGGACUCAUUUCUGAGGCAACAUGAUGGUCACUUCACUGUCAUCCAGCUGGUGGGCAUGCUGCGUGGCAUCGCCUCGGGCAUGAAGUACCUGUCAGACAUGGGCUAUGUUCACCGAGACCUGGCGGCUCGAAACAUCCUGGUCAACAGCAACUUGGUGUGUAAAGUGUCAGACUUCGGCCUGUCCCGAGUGCUGGAGGACGACCCGGAGGCUGCUUACACCACAACGGGUGGUAAGAUCCCAAUCCGAUGGACGGCACCUGAGGCCAUCUCAUACAGGAAAUUCUCCUCAGCCAGUGAUGCGUGGAGUUAUGGCAUUGUCAUGUGGGAAGUGAUGUCAUAUGGGGAACGGCCGUAUUGGGAGAUGUCCAAUCAGGAUGUGAUUCUGUCCAUUGAAGAGGGCUACCGGCUGCCUGCACCGAUGGGCUGCCCCGUGGCACUGCACCAACUGAUGCUGCACUGCUGGCAGAAGGAGAGGAGUCAUCGGCCCAAAUUCACAGAUGUUGUCUCCUUCUUGGAUAAACUGAUCCGCAACCCCAGCAGCCUGCUGCCACUGGUAGAGGACAUUCAGAGUCUACCAGAGUCUCCGGGGGAGGAAAUGGACUACCCAAUGUUCAUCUCCGUCGGUGACUGGCUGGACUCCAUCAAGAUGAGUCAGUACAAGAGCAAUUUCAUGGCAGCAGGCUACAACACAUUGGAUUCGGUUGCCAGGAUGAGUAUUGAAGAUGUGAGGCGUAUUGGGGUGGAGCUGAUCGGCCACCAGAGGCGGAUCAUCAGCAGCUUACAGACCCUUCGCCUUCAGCUACUGCACGAACAGGAGAAAGGUUUCCAUGUAUGAGGACGCCCAUUGAUACAACCUGGGAUGGACAGAUAGAUGGAGCAGACGAAAGUGAAGUCUAGACUGUAGGACAGACAGUCUGCAGCCUGUGCCUGAGUCUUAACCCCUCAUACAGGAGGUCAUUGGACAGACGACCACAGCAGACUGCCCUGUGGUCUCCCUCACAUCCAGUAGUAACAGACUUUUUUCUACUAUACACCCCUUACCCAGUAUACCUGGUUCUGCCAGACUAUUACAGCCUGAUAGACUUUACAGACUGGCCAUGGCCUCACUUAGGGGAAUGUAAUGCCUUGUUCCAGCAGCAGUACUUUGUGUGUGGAGCAACAAUAUCUAGAGACGUAGAUUUGCAAACAUAAUCUACUGAAUCUUUUGACUCUUCUUUUGUUUGUUCUUUUCUCGCUCUGAGUUAUGUGCUCAUGUAGCUGCUAUCGGGUGUGCAAUCGAAACGUUUUGUCUUUAAAAAAGAAAAAAAAAAAAUAUCCUCAAUAUUUUUUGUUUUGGAGUUUAAUAAUUUAUCAUGAAGGAAUUAUUUGCAUUGCUUUAGUUUACCCUCUCUCCAGAGAAUCUCGUACGCUAAUACUUGAAGAAAGAAGCAAGAAGCAAGUUAUGGAGAUUUCUUGAAUGUUUAAAAGUGUAUAGACAAUUAAUCGAUAAUUAUUAUCAUAACCUAAUAUCUAUAUAUGUGCAGUCCUGUUUGUGAAAGCCCUAGUAAAUCUGGAUCUUAUUUAAAUGUUUUAUUUAUUUCAGAUUUUUAUCCAAGUCAGCAAUACAGUAUUAUGCAGUCACCUCAGUAUCUCAGAGAGAUGAAGAAUUGUGCAAUGAGAGAACUCUUGUUGACAUGUAAACAUGAGGCUCACACAACACCAUCCACCUGUUUUUAUUGUCACAUGCUAAGCUUGCAGAACCGGACCCGUUGCCUUCAGGUGAAUAACCAUACAAGUCUAUUCUGACAGUUUUUAGCAGCCAGUGUACUCACAGUCGUGUGAUCAGCAGUUUUUUGGAUUGUGAAUGUUAAACAUUGCCUGAAAGUACACACACACACAGCUCCACUGUCUAAACAUAUGAAUGUUCACAGAUCUUAGAUACUGUAUAGCUAGGAGGUAUUUGCAAUUGUCUGGAAACUUAACAUGGACUUAUAUGGUUUUUCAGAAAUUGAUGAAAUCCUUUCACAUACAUUCAUUCUUUCUUUUAAGCCUGCAUACACUAACACAGGCAGUGGUUUGCGCUUCUGGGAAGAAGUUGAUCUAAGAUGUCAGAGCAGAAUAAUCCAUCUCAGGUGUGAAGCUACCAGAUGGAUUUCAGAGAGUACUACUUCUGCUCCAGUCUGUGCUUAGCUUGUGGUCAUGUAAAGGUUGUGGCACUUGUGGCAGUUCGGGAAAUCCGUGUACAUAAGAAUAGAAGUGAAAACUGUUGGAUCUGCAGUAGAUGAAGUCAAGUAUUCAGAUGUUUGCCAUUGAAAUAUUUUUUUUCAUUCUCUACGUCAGUGGUGAGUAGGAAGUUCUGCAGAAUAUAACUAGUUAGAGUCGGAGGCAGCAGAAGUAGCUAAAACCAGAUUGAUGGAAAGGGGAGAGAAAAGGAAAGCUUUUGUGCGAUUAAGACGGAGCUGAGAUUAAAGGAAGAGAAAGAAUGAGCAUUAACAGCAGCAUCAUAACUCGUGUCAUUCUUACAUCAACAGUAACAAACGCACCCACACACACAACACAUAUACACUCACACAGACACGCACACACUGAAUGCCUUACAGUUUGUUAACCAUGCAAGACAGAGAAACACUUUAGUUCAUGAGUUUCAGUGCAGUCACGGGACCUAGCCAUUAGUUUGAGUUGUAUUCCAUACUGAAGAGAACAGCCGCCCCUCUACAGCUGUGGCUUUCAUCACAAACUGGGGCUCAAUGAUUCAUGUCACAGGCAAACUGGAUCUAGAGAUCUGUGCCUUCCGGUCACAGCGUAGUUAUGCAUCCAGGCCUUCAGGAGUAGGAAAAAGUGCACAACACACAUCAAAACACGCCGCACACAUAUUUGCACACACACACACGCUCACGGUCAACACCCCUCUACAGGAUAUGGAGAAUAUCAGAUGCUGUUUGUUUAGCAUGUUCUACUGCUGAGCAAUGUUAGAACAUUCUUUUGUACAAAGUACAAGUCUACUUAUAAUUCUUGUAUUUUAUUUUUCUAUGAUUUCCAAAGAGAUGUUGUAGAUCUUGCACACUGUAAGAGGCAGUUACAGCGAAUAUUUAUUUGCAAAUAAAGAUGAACAGUUCUGGUG